AUGGGGGGUCGGCCCCUAGCUCUGUGCUAUGGCCCCCGUCGGUCCCCCACCUCUUGGCCUGAGGCCCCUGGAUCUCGGACACAUUGGCAUCUCAGGAGCAGCGGCGUCGGUCAUCACAUUAUCCCGCCCACCGUAAGAGGGCCUGUGUUCUGGACCAGAGGGGCUGGGAGCCAGGCGCUGGAUCUGAAGGAGGAGGGGCUGGGUGCAGAGAGAAACGAGGAUCCUCAGCAGGUGGGAGACCACCUCUGGCUCCGCUUAUACGCCCAAGAGCCACGGUGGGCUCUGUGCGCAGCCCAAGGCCCAAGAGCCAGCGGACCCCACGCGGACUUUAGGGCUCAAGGAUUUGGAGGGAAAGGUAAAAUUCUGGGCUACCGAGGCAGGGCAGAGGCGAAGUCCACUGAUAAUGAGGUCCUGUUCCCGCUGCCUCACUCAGGCGCCUGGCAUGUUGGUGGCCCCUCAUCUGUCACCCCCUUUGCACAUGAGCCCGGGAUCAUCUCCUCUUCUAGCUCCAUCAACUAUGUUUCUGGGGCCUCUGGUCACCAAGCACCAGCUCAGCGAGAUGAAGUCGCAGUACACCGGCUGGCCGGGCCUGGACCCGCGUGCCCCCUGGGAUGCAGGGGCCCAGUCCGGGGAGCUGAUCUACAGCCUUAUAAACCUUAUGCCUCGGCUUUGGUCCCCUGGACCAGGAACCCGGAGCUGGCCGGCUGGCCUCUCAGCGUCUCGGGUCAGGGCAUCCUGGGUCGUCAUCGGCUCUACCUGACCACCACGGCCCGUGACUUUCGCACCUUCCUGAAGAAGGAGUUGUCGGGAUAUCCAGGCCAUAGCUCGCCAACCUACAUGACCUUCACAGAGACGCUGCAGGCUUGGAACCCCGGUUCACGGUGGCCGCGUCAGCCAGCUGGGCUCCCACGGGUCUGGGUACCCCAAGUGCAGAAGGCAGUGCCGCACCGUGGGAUGCUGACUUUAGCCCAGGAGUCCUACAGCCCCCCGCUGCACCGGCUCGAGGGGCCUGACUGCCAGCUGCAGGCGCCCUGGGGCAGUCCCCACCGGAACCCGGUGCCCGCCAUCCACAGCGUGCCUCAAGCCUACGAGACCGAGAGUUCCUGCUAUGGCAGCGGCAAGCCCGCCCUGGUCACAGCCGGGGCCCAGCCGCGCCCCGCACAGGCCCCCAAGCUGGGCAGGGGUUACCAGUGGCCAUGCAGGGCUGGGACGUGCCCCCUGGCCCUUUAG